AAAAAUCUCCCAGGGCUACAGAAAGCACAUAAAAGAGGGCUGCGGUGUUGAUUCCGCCAUUCAGCAAGGCUGGAGCUCCAGCACGGACAUGGCUGCUGAGAGCUCACAGAUGUUCCCCCUGCUGGCUAUCCUUGCUCUGGGCAUCUUGGCCGAUCCCUGUGAAGGGCAAGAGUUGCGAUGUCAGUGUAUUCAGACAUAUUCUGAUUUUAUUUCUCCUGAAUUCAUUAAACAUGUCCAGUUGAUACCUGAAGGUGCUCACUGCGGCAGGAAAGAAAUCAUAGUCACAUUGGAAGAUGGGAAGUUAAUUUGUUUGGAUCCUGAGGCUGAAUGGGUGAUGAUUAUUAUCAAAAAGAUUAUCAACAGUGCUCCUAACUGAUGGUCACACAAGGAACAUCACAUCCUAUGGGUAUCAGAAGCCCUUGCUAUCAUCGUGAGCUUGGACAUCCUCCAGAGUUUUUUUUGAGAGUAGCACCGAUGGGGUGCCUGAGUUGAGCAUCUGACUUCAGUUAAGGUUAUGAUCUCCCUGUCCAUGAGUUUGAGCCCCACCUCAGG